AACCUAUCUGACUGGGACUGCGAGCCAAACAAAGCGCUGUCCCACCGCCCUCCGUGUGUAAUGGCGAGAAGGAUGACAGACGAGAAAAACACACGGCCGCUGUCACCUCUUCACUAAAAAUUAGAUUCGCUGCGCUGUUGUCGGACAUCUGCAGGUCGACGUGUUUUAGCCUGCAGUGAAGGAGAGACAGACCUCUGCGCAUGAUGCAUUGCAGCACUUUGGAGAAAAUGGGUGUUUUAAGCCUCAUCCUCAGACUAGAGCAUCCGAUCCGAGAUGUCGGUUGGGUUCUUUAGCUACCGUGUGAUUUAACUUCUGCAUGACUGAAAACAACGUCUCUCCUCCGGUGCGACAUGGGGCCCAUCAUGCAGGAACGCACAGCAACCACGGCACUGAAGCGCGUCGUUUCCAAAGAGAAGAUCCGGGCAAAAAAUACUGAAAACAGCGGGCCAGUAACCAGUUCAAAGAAAGGCAACAAAACGAAGAAAGCGGUGGCUCAAAUGAAAAAUGCCCCCCCAGGACCGGGUCAGGAUAAGGACACAGCCACAACAAUGCAUAGGGGUGCCCAGUCAAAAGGUGUCAGGGUAAAGUCUAGCAGUGUAAAGAAUACAAGCAAAGUCUCCAGCCCAGAAGAAGAAGGAGAUUCAAGACCUCAGCUCCGCAAGCACUCGUACACACACAGGAAAGAGGAAAAACGAGAACAUCAGCGGUUGUCACAAUGCAGCGGCGAUCUACUACAAAAUCGUGGGGCGAUGGGGAAAAACAGACGCGCCCUGUCGCUGCCUCUCUGUCCAAUAUCAGGCCUGCGACAGAUGCCUGCUCACCCGCUCACACACUCUCCGGCUCCGACCCCCGAGGCUCUCCAGCAGCACUACAACAACAAGGAGGAUGAUACUGACAGCGCCAGUGAUCUGUCAGACUCGGAAAGGCUGCCUGUGCUGCCAUCUCCAUGCACCCCCUGCACCCCGCCUCAUCUUAAUCUCCGGGCUGAGAUCAUCAACACGAACGACUUUCCCCCGGACAUUCCAGGGCCCCACGGGACAGCAGUGGGUGAUGAAGACGGCGAUGAUAAACCCACCUACUGCUACCCUGAGUUUCUGCCUCCUCCCUUCAACAGCUGGAGCUUGAGGCAGCUGGCAGUGUUCCUUCACACGGAGGGCCGCGGAGCCCCCCGGCCAAAGCCUGUCGGGCCCUUAGAGAAGUACCUGGAGAGGCUGCUGCAGCUGGAGUGGCUGCAGAUCCAAACGGUCCAGGCGGAGAACAGCCGCCCACCCGGGAGCCGUCCGAGGCCGCAGGGUUUCCCGUCCGCCACGGCUCCACACCCACCCAGGCCUCACACCGCUCCGCCGUCACGACUCAACUCCCCGAAAGGGCUGCGGCACAGCCAGCGAGCCUUCCCAUUCGCACCUGUCAACAACCCCCCGUCGCCAGCCUCAGCCCAGCACCAGCUCUCCCGCUUCCCAGUCUGUCCCCACUGCCACAUCCGCUACCCUUUGUGUAACGGAAGCUGCUCUGCGUACGCCUACCAGCGCCACUCGAGGCUCAGCCCGCUGCUGGAGCGCAAGCCCCGGCCGGGGGCGACGGCGAAGAGGAGCAGCAGCGAGACCCGGGCGACCUCCACAGAGGGCAGGAGCCCGGGAGCACAGGGUGGAAGCGUCGGGGGGGCCCAGACCCCCGUGAGCCCCUCUGCCGGACGGAGUCAUCUCAGGCACAUGCAGGCUGCAGGCAACUCCCGAAAGCAAGCCCAGGAAUCCAGCGCCAACCAAAGCUGCAGAGGCCCGGCGAGGAAGAGUCGCGUGAGAGCCAACUCGGAGACGGAUGUUAAAAAAGAUCCAGGCGGCAGCAAAGCAGCAGCUGGUCCGGAGAAACGUGUCGUCGCCGCGAGUAAGAAGGAGACCACCGCUUCCAGGAGAGAGGAAAAGGACUGGCAGAGGACAGAGGCAGGUCAGGCCUCUAAACCCACCGUAAAAAGAGCUGCUAAAGAGCCAUCAUCUCUCUCCAAAUCCUCACUUAGUAGUAAGCAGAAUGGCAAAACAAAAAAUGUGCACUUUGUUGCAAAGUAACCCCUGGAAAACCUUGCAGUGUAGUGCUUUAUUUAGAGGUUACUUGGUACAGGAGCCUGAAGCUAUGCUUGCUUUCUGUGUAAUCUGUGUAAUACUAACAUGUUGUAACUGUUGUACAGCAGUCUAAAACCAGUCAGCGGUGUACAGCCUUAAAAAGGUUUUAAUUAGCAGGAAUAGAGCAGCUAAAAUACAGCUA